CUCAACACUAGUCACUAAGGGCCCUAUAACAAAACAGGGGCGGGUACAGGGUGUAAAGGUGUAGUUACCUGCGCCCCUCACCCUUGUACCGGCCAAUAGGCCGCCAUGGUUUGUAGGGCCCUUAGUGACUAGUGUUCAGUCAAGCCCAAGGACCAAGGUACAUAUAGUAGUCUAUGUAUGUAGUAAUUUUUUGUCAUGUAAUUAAAUUUUUAUACUGAGGCCCUCCAAGGUCUAAAUCUAGCUCUGCCACCCUCAGUAUCAGUCACAUGUGUUGCAGUGUUGAAAUAGUCAUCUAAUCUUACUCAUCUACUACACUAGGCCUAUAGGGUGGCUGGGAGUCAACUAUCAUCAGUCCCAGGCUGGGACUGAUGAUAGUUAUCUCAGAUAUAUAAUUACCACAUUUACCAGCAGCAAAUAUGGGCAAAUGUAGGCUCGAGCAACUUUGUGUGUGUGUGUGGCACACAGUGUGUGUGUGUGUAAUUCACCUCAGAUCUGCUGCAGCCUCUGUGUGUGUGUGUACAUAUUUAUACCUGUACCCUUAUGACAGAUUGGUGUCGAGACACAAAAGAAGAAUGAAGCGAUCCAGGCCCAGCAGAAGAACUGUGAAAUGCAAUGAAUGCAAAAAAUCAAUGAGUUAUGAGUUCUGGAAGAAUACCCACUGUACAACAGUUCAUCCAACAAUUAGAAAUCCAAGAUAUACAGAGAUUGAUACUCACAACAUUGAAAAGUUUUUUUCAGCAAAGCAGAGAAAGGUUGGUUCUACAUCUGAUGAACCUGAAGGUCCAAUUUUGGAAGUCCCUUCACAGUCUGGUGAGGUUGUAGCAGCUGCAUUACCAAGCAUUUCAACUGAUGUAGACUCCUCAUUGCCUCAGCCAGCCUCUACACAGUCUACAACUUCUGUUUCAGCCCCUCCAUCAACUGCUGUUCCAUCAGAAAGUAAGGUUACAGAUGAGCCUCUCCCACUACCUUCUCCAGUUUCUUCAUCACAAACUACUUUGGGUGAUGUCCUUCCUGUGCUUCCAAGAUCUCCUGCUUCUCCAACAAAAAUUACAGAGGUACCUUCCCCACCACAGUCACCACUUCCAGUCCGACCUGCUCCAUUCCUGGCUACAGCUUCUGAUGUUCCUCCUGCAUCACCCACAACCUCUGCUACUGUAUCACCUAGUAAGGCUACAAAUGUCAUUUUACCAUUGCUAUCUCAGGCUGUUGCUCCUUCAAGUUUGUCAGGUCCAGGUACAAAAACAAGUAGUACUCCAACACAUGUCCUUUCAGCAGCUCAAGACACUGCUUCAACAGUUAAUACUACUACAGGUGACUAUCAGAAAUCUUCAGUUGUUCCACUUGCUCCUACUGUUGUUGAGUUUCAUGAGGAGUCCACAUCAACAUUGUUGAAAAAAUCUGAUAAGCAGCAAGGGGACCAGGCUUUGUCUGUCAGUGACCCAAAAUUAGUCAGUGAUGAUGAAUGGAUCAAAUGUGUCGGCCAGUUAGAAGUGAUAACAAAUCAGAGUAAGAAUCUAAUUAACACCGUGAAAAGUGAUUGUGUGAUUGGCAACGUAGAAGAAUUUCUGACAAGUGUUGUUUCAUCUAGUAAGGAAAUAAAAUUUCUUUGUGGAAAGUUAGAACUAAAAUCUCAAAAUUUACUAAGUCAAGUAUUGGAAGAGGCUGCAAACAGAGAGGACUAUUUGACUGAUGUUUUACAGAGUGAUGACCAAGUUCCCCAGGAUCCUGGAAGCAGGCCAGUGGUGCUCACUGACAAGCAAAGAAUGUACCUUGUAAAGUUAGGCCCAUAUCAACCAAAACUAUCUUCAUUUCCUAAAAAUGAAGCUAUGAAAAAAGUGAAAGACACGUGUCAAGAUGGUAUGCAGAGGGAGCAGGCCCACGGCAGCCCCGUCAGCCUGUCCUGGGUGGUCCUGUACACGUGGGGCGUGCACACGGGCGUGUCCCAGGAAGGCACGUUGAGGGGCUGGGCCGUGCGGGCGACAGUGCUGGCGCUGUGUGUGUACGCCGUUAUCCUCACUGUCGCUUACACCUCCACCCUCACCGCCUCCCUCACCGUGGCCAAAAAGCAGACCGUCGUCAACACCAUUAGGCCGCGCCCACCCUCCGGCUCUCACCACGUGACCCGUGGCUACCUCAACGCCGGCAGGAUCCAGCACCUCACCACAGUGCCUCGCCCCUCCUACCCCAGCCCAGCCCCAGCCAGCCAUUCCAACGCCGCCCCUACAGCUGUCUUAUCUUUGCCGUUGUACCUUGCCCCACCCAGCCCAGCCACCCGCUCCUACGGCUUCCCUGCCGGCGCCUUCUACUCCCGCGGCAUCGACACCACCGUUGGCGUUUCCUGCAGCUGCACUCCCGCCGCAGUGGCCCUCGACGCCCGUCAGCACCUCUUCUCGCCCCGCCGACAUCGAGUGUCCGACGACGACGCUGCGCAGGGCGUGGCCAGCCUCCGUGACCCCACCAGCGACAGUCUGACCCACCAGCUCAAGGCUCUUAUCACCAAGCUACGAACGGAGGUCAGCACGCUCAGGGAGGACAUCAACGCUCCAGCUGGAACUCAACCUUCGCCGGUCGUCGAGUGGACCUUCGACGUGGCAACAGUUUCGCACCCAAUCCUGGGCGCCGACUUCCUGACACACUACAAUAUCCUGAUCGACCUUAAGAAUCGCAAGCUCCUGGAUCCACUAACAUCCGUCUCCACCAGAACCAGACCAGCAGCAGGAGACAGCACCCACACCUCCACCAUCAACGCCGGCGUUGGUUGA